AGUCGUUAAUCUACGAAAUAACGGCCGAUUUUCGUCUAAUUGAGCUAAUUAGAGAAUUAGAGUUUGACUAGAGGAUUCAUUAAGACCUUAAGUGUUGGAUUAACGUUUUGCUAGCCCCGAGAAUGACCUGAUUAUCGAAAAAGCGUAAGUUGACUUUGAUAAUAUGAAUUAACACUGCUACUUUCUUCUAGUUUCUCUUGUUAUAGAAUGUAUAUGGAUGUUUUUAUAGCCGUUUUUCUCUUAUUAAAAUGAAAAAUCAAAUACUAAUAGUGACAUUUAUUUAGAAUGACAAGGGCCGAUUAGUAAUUAAGCGCUUUGACCAACUGUAUAUGAUAAUAUCGUGAAAUAGCGUGAUCUCUAAAACUUGUUAAUGAAUUAUCAUUACUGCGAGUAGUGUUGUAGUAUGAUUUAUGGGAGGUGAAGUUAACGCUACAUAUACUAUCUUAGCCGAUAUUCGUGCAGGAGUCGAAUAAUUAUCUUGUACUAUGAUAACGAAGCAGCGAAUUUCAGCGAAAAUACACGCUUUAAUAGAGUAGGGAGGGCUAGGAGAUUGAGAGAAAAUUAAUGCGAGUAAGAUGGCGAUUGAUUUCCCAUAAAUAGAAUAUCUCUAGAGGCUUACCGUUACGUAAUCCUAAUGAUUAGACUUACAAAUGGAAAGAAGAGUCAACAUACUUUUUUCCUAUAAAAAGCAAAAAACAUUGAUAAGAUUACAUGUUGAUCGCUUAAACGUUUUGACAAAUAAAUAUUCAUAAUAGUAACAUUCGCUAUGUCUAACUCUCUGUCUCUCGCUGUCGCCUUUCGACUCUUAUCAUCGAUUUGAAGAUGUAAUAUCACAUAAUCUCACCUCCAAAUAAAGCAUAAUCAGUCGAGUUUUAUUUGUACACGAACUGUGCAUUUGCAAUGUUUAUUUGGAUAUUUAUUUAUCUAUUUAAUCGUGAAUUCAGGAUAGGACGAAAUAAUGUUGCGAAGAUCCCUAGCGCGUAUCUCCCCCCAAGCUGCAGCCAGACUAGCCGAACCCCUACUCCAAAUUAAUCCCGAUAAUCCGAUGGAUUACGAAAGUCCACCACCAGUACCGCCGAGAUCAAGAACGGCUUCCUUCAGUGCUCUCGAAUCGCCUAUGAGACGAGCUAGGGAUAACAACUAUGUGGAUUAUCCAGUUCCUACGUCACUUCCGGUUCCACCAGUUCCGCCCAAGGAUUAUGCAUUAACGAAGGAUAAAAAAUCUAAAUUGCCAAAUUUAGAACCGGCCAUAAGGCCGGACUUGAAUCGGUUGCCACCCGCACCAUUCAAAGACAUUAAAAUCGCCUGUGAACGAUGUCGGAAAUGUAGAUGCCCUCAAUGCCAGACUCCAAGAAAAUUAAAGACUGCAAGACGUCUAAUAGACGCUCUAACUUGUAUGUGCUGCGUGCGGACGUGUUUCUAUCAUUGUUCGGAUUUAGAAAAUGAUGAAUACGACGAUACUGCAUGGGACAGUCCUUGCGCGUGUGUUGAAAAGCCGCAUUGCCUGAAAAGGUGGGCAAUCCUAUUUGGUUUAUUACCCUGCCUACCUUGCUUGAUCUGUUAUCCGCCUCUUAAAGGGGCUGUUAGGGUGUGUGAUUGUAUGUACGAUAGAGCGUCUAGAAAAGGGGCUUGUCGAUGCCAACAGCAAGAACAGCAUUCAGAUUCUGAAUGUCUGUUUUCAUGA